AUGACAUUACUGUUUGUACGGAAUUUUUCUCACGUUCCAUACGAAGGAAGAACGUCGAUCAAAGAAAAUUCAAAGCGAUCGGAGUUGAACAAAAAUAAAUCAUGCGAUCUUGCGCAACGUAAUCCGAUAGCGUUUUUCGAAGAACUGCAACGACGUUUGGUAGUUUAUCAAACAAAAGUGAAUGAAGAUGCUGAAUCGUUUGCUAUCCUCGAUCGACAAAUUGCUCAAACUAUUGACGAUGCUGAUAACUAUCUCAAUGAAAAUGUUAUUAUCAAUCGAAAUCAAUCACAACAUCUCAUUCGACACGAUUCUGGCAUGGGCACAGAUAUAUCCGAAGUAAAUUACGAUUUGACUUCUUCGACGAAGGUACGCUCAUUCAUCGAUGUUAUAUGGUAUUCCUCAUUAGACAGUAACCAUGCUCUUCUCUCGACAAUCCCUUACCGUGAUCGACAUUUCACAUUCAAAGAAUUUCGAGAGCUAUUCAAAAAACACUCCACAUACAGAUACUUCUUCAAAACAAUCUGUACACCGGAUAUCAAUAAAGAGCAGUAUGUCUAUCGUGAACUGAUCAUGGACGAUGAAUUAGUUCCAUUUUACGAUGGAAAAAUCUUUGUACAAUUAGAUCGCAUCAAUUGA